UCUUGUAUUUUGCUCAAAACUUUUGAGAUCGGUCAGAGAUCCGUUCACGGACAAUUCUAGUGUUCUUUAAAUAAUCGGACCCUGAUCCGUUCACGGAUUAUUUCAAUGAAAAACAGCAUUUUCCGCCAUUUUUGACUGCCAAAACUGAGUGAUAAAAUGGGGAAACGUAAACAAAUAAAAAGAAAUGAAAUUGAUAAAAAAUUUUGUAAAUUAGUGGUGAAAAAGUUAACAAAUGGAAGAAGAAAAGAAAAAACAAACGUACCGGACUCUUUUCAUGGUUCAAAGCGGGUUGAUAAACAACGUGAUCCCCUAGAUCCUUUAGUGACCAAACAGUAAAGAAAAAAAAAAAAGGUGAAAUUUCAACCGAAGAAAUUACAACAAUUCUAAAGGAUGUUCAAAAAGAAUGUAAUUUCACAGGCAGUGAAAUGGAGAACAUAGAAUUGCUGCAUAAGGAAAAGGUCGAAGUGAACAAGCAGCAUGCAAAGCGGAUGGGCCAGAUUUCCAAGGAUUGGGAAGACAACCUCAAUUUUGCCAUGAAGGCAUUAAUAGAAAGCCAUGCUACGGUGCCAACGUCAUGCUGGAUUUGCAGGAAAAUGGUAAACUGCAACUACAUCCGCUGUUCUUCUUGUGUCAAAGUGUAUUGCAGUUACUGUGACAUUGAUUUCCAUACAACAACCACACUUCAUAACCGUGAUGUUAUGCAGAAUUUGAAUGUAAUCAAGUUGAAAGCGAAGGAGUUUUGGGAUUUCUCAAAAGAUGUGGUCAUUGUUAAAGAAGUCUCUGUUUCCUGCUUUGUCCCAUUGGAGUGUGUUGGUUGUAAUUCAAAGAAUAUGCUGAACUUAGAACCUUCAAAAGAAGUUUCAAUGAUUGUUUGCACUCUUGAAGGUCGGUUCGAUCUCAAUGCUGCAUCAUUUCGAUGCCUCAACACUAACUGCAACUAUCAUAAGGAACCUGUUCUGGCAUCGAUGCGAGAAUAUGUGUUAUCAGGAUUGUGGCCAGGUUCUCCCAUUAGAAGUUGCACCCUUUCCAUCACCAAAAAUGCUUGA